AUUGCGCGACAGCUUAUUUCCCUCUUUCCUUUUCCCUCGUCAUUUUUCACUCUCCCUCCAUUUCAUUUCACAACACGAAAACCCUAAUUCCAUGCUAAAUCGUGAAUCCGUUUUUUCCCAAUUUCGUGAACCGAUUCGUGAAUCCCUAAUCCGUGAAUCCAUUGAAGAAUCCCUAAUUCAAAAUCCCUCGUUAAAGGGUUUCUGAAUCAUCAAAGGUUUUCCAGAACUAUCGGCUUUGUGGAUGCUGGAAUCAACUUUUCUUUGCAAGUUUUCAAGAAUGCUCAUCUUACUUAGUGGAGGCAGUAAGCAGUUGUUGAAUGCAAGUUAAUUUGGAACCGAAGCACUAUAUCAUCCGGGAUUUUGCAAAGACAACUCUUUCUCAAGAUGACUAAAAGAGGUGGAAAAGCUAAGGUAUUAGCACCAGGAAAACUUCAAGAAGAACGAAAUCGCAUAAUUAACAAGAAGCAUAUCGUUAGGAAACCUGCUCAAACAACAUUGUCUAUGCAGGAUGCAUCAUCGGCACCAACACCAGCUCAGGCAGCACCGUCCGUGCAGGUUGCAUCGUCGAUGCCGACAUCAGCUUCGAAAAAAUCAUCUGUGCAGGCUGCAUCGUCGAUGCCAACACCAGCUCAGGAAGCAUCGUCCGUGCAGGUUGCAUCAUCAAUGCCAACAUCAGCUUCUAAAAAAUCGUGUGUGCAGGCUGCAUCGUUGAUGCCAACACCAGCUCAGGCAGCAUCGUCAGUGCAGGCUGCAUCGUCGAUGCCAACACCAGCUCAGGCAGCAUCGUCUGUGCAGGCUGCAUCGUCGAUGCCAACACCAGCUCCAACUGUAGUACCUGUUCAUGCCACUACCUCUGAGAAAUUCAGUUUUAUGCCUACUCCAACUUUAAGCCAUCAAACAAUGGCUGGCCCUCAAAGUAUAAACCUUCAAACAAUGGCUAGCCCUUCAAAUUUGGCAGAGGAGGAAGAUGUGGAUGCUGAUGAGGAUGAGGCGGUGGGUCAAGAAACUAUUACCCCUCUUGUGCCAACAAUAGAUGAGAAUGGGAAAGUUAUUAUAAAACCAUCUGGUACUGGGCUAGUUCCUGCCAAAGAAGUUGCUGGUGCCAUUAAUUAUGCGAUACGCAAACAAUUUUAUAAACCUAUACAUCAUUGGUCUGCACUCGAUCCUGAUACGAAAGCUGAUUGGUUUAAGUUGUUUGGAGAGAAGGUUUCGUGGGAUCCUUUCGAUCAUGCAUUUGUCUAUAGCGCAUUUGAAAAAAAAGGAAGAAAACGAUUAAACGACAUGUUGGGGAAGGCGAGGAGAAAAGGGACUCGACCUUCAUGGAUUGGUGAUGAUGCUUGGGUUGAACUUCAAACUUAUUGGAAAAAGACCGAGUUUUUGGCUGUGUCUUCUCAAAACAAGACCAAUCGAGCUUCCGCAAGAGGCGGAGCAGUCCACACCACAGGCCGUAAGGCUCAUAUUGAUGUUGCACUUCAACUUGUAAGUAAUAAAAUCCUAACAAAUUAUUAUUAUUAUGAAGAUUCUUUAUAUCUUGACAGUUUUACUCGUAUUCUGUAUUGAUUAUUGGAUUAUUUGAUUUUUGUAGUCACGUGAACUUC